AUGGCACUGACAUCAUGGAAAGCGUUCAACUUCAUCGACGUCACCCCCGUCAAAUUACCGGAGAACAGCUCCACGCUGUUCGGGAGCGAUUUAUCUAGCCUGUGUACCGGAUCCGCGAACCUAUUCCUCGGCACCGUCGACGGCUUCGUGCAUAUCGUCUCCUCGUCUUUCCGCGUCUUGCGCUCGUUCAAGGCGCAUGAUGUCGGCUCCAUCACGCAUAUGAAACAGAUCGGUGGGACGUCUUUACUUGUCACGGUCGCGGAGGAUCUGUCGAAUGAACCCGUUCUCAAAGUUUGGGCGCUCGAUUCGGAAAAGAAAGAUGGUGGGCCGAAAUGUUUGUCGACUGUAUCGGUACAGAAUGCGAGGAGGCAGUUUCCGAUAUCUGCAUUCGCAGUCGUCGACGAUCUCUCGCAGGUAGCAGUUGGUUUCGCAAACGGCUCGGUUACGAUCAUCCGCGGUGAUUUAAUUCACGAUCGUGGUGCGCGACAGCGCAUUGUCUUCGAGUCGGAGGAGCCUAUCACCGGUCUUGAAACACAGAAUGGUGCCGUGACGAUCCUGUACAUCUCGACGACGAGCCGUAUUCUGACCCUAGUUAUCGCGGGACGGGGCCAGGGCCAGCCUGCGCGUGUUUUGGAAGAUACCGGUUGCGCUUUGGGAUGCAUGACACUGGACAAGGAGACGGGGCAGAUCCUGAUUGCUAGAGAGGAUGCGAUUUACAAUUAUGGUCCUCGGGGUCGAGGCCCAAGCUAUGCAUUUGAGAGCCCCAAGGCGUCUAUCAAUGCUUUCCACGACUACGUGGCUCUAGUUUGCCCGCCGAAAGCAGGCUCCGCUAAAGGCGAUCCGUUGCGCAAAUAUGGGGUCAAUCCUGCAGAUGAAAUACUCGGCACGACGACGUUCACUCUGCUCGAUACCGAUCUGAAGUUUAUCGCGCAUAGCGAGUCACUUGUCGCGCCGAUGAAGCACAUUUUCAUCGAGUGGGGGGAUCUCUUCUUACUCACUACAGAAGGCAAGGUGUUCCGCUAUCGCGAGAAGACCCUUCAACAAAGGCUGGAAAUCCUCUACGAGCGCAAUCUCUAUAUUUUGGCUAUUAAUCUUGCCCAGAAGAUUGGGAUUGAUCCCUUGCAGCAGAAUGCUAUCUAUCGCAAAUACGGUGAUUUCCUGUAUCAACGUGGCGACUAUGACACGGCCAUGCAGCAAUAUCUAAGGGCAAUUGACAACACCGAGCCGUCACAAGUUAUUCGAAAGUACUUGGAUACACAACGAAUUCAUAACUUGAUCGAGUAUCUCGAGGAGCUUCACGACCAUGGACGUGCGACAGUGGACCACACCACCCUUCUUCUGAACUGCUAUGCAAAGCUGAAGGACACUACCAAGCUGGACUCAUUCAUCAAAGCUCCUGGUGAGCUCAAAUUUGAUCUUGAAACGGCUAUUGCUAUGUGUCGCCAAGGGGGAUACUUUGAACAGGCAGCGUUCUUAGCCACGAAACACGGCGAAAAUGACAUGGUUGUCGACAUUCUGAUCGAGGAUUCGAAAAAAUAUGCCGAGGCUGUGGAGUAUAUCUGGCGAUUAGAUCCCGAAGUGGCCUAUCACAACCUAAUGAAGUAUGCGCGUGUACUUCUGACCCACUGCCCUGGCGAGACGACCGCGCUCUUCAAAGAAUACUAUACGGGGCAAUAUCGACCACGAACCACGGUGGAGCCGCCGCCAGAGCCGCAAGCACAGCCAAUAAGCUCUGUUCAAAGCCUAGCUGGACUUCUUCCACUGCGAUAUGUGACUGGGGCCUCUGGUCCACAAGCUCAGGCUCCAAAUAAGGAGACAGCCCCAGUGGAAGAGGAGCAAGCUGCUAAUCUGCCACCACAAUACGAAGUUCCGAAGCCACGUACAGCAUUCUCUGCAUUUGUAGAUCAUCCGCAGAACUUUAUUAGUUUCCUUGAGACACUCGUGCAACAGCCUGGACUCAAGGAGGCCAAGGUGGACCUUUUCACAACCUUGUUUGAGAUGUACUUGGAUGCCGCAAAGUCCACUAAAGAUGCCGUUCAAAAGCAAGAAUGGGAAGGGAAAGCCAAGAAACUGAUUGAAGGGAAAGACAUUCCAAUCUCCACCUCCAACGUGCUUCUGCUCUCGGAUCUAUCAAACUUCCGAGAAGGUUCCACCCUUGUCCGUGAGCAAGAGGGCCUGCGACUCGAUAUCUUCCGCUCAUUCACCUCUGCCAAGGACACCCAAGGUGCCAUUCAAGCACUGCGAAGAUAUGGACCCGAUGAGCCUCAACUCUAUAUUGACGCCUUGACAUACUUUGCCUCGAGUCCGCAAAUUCUGGAAGAAGCAGGCGAUGAACUAGACAAAGUUCUGCAACGCAUUCAGGCUGACGGCCUUCUCUCCCCCUUGCAGGUGAUCCAAGCUGUCAGCAACAACGCCGUAGUGACAAUGGGCCGGCUGAAGAAGUACCUCGGCGACAACAUCGCCAGCGAAGACAAGCAAAUCAAAACCAAUCAACGCUUAAUCUCGAGUUACAAAUCCGAAACAGCCUCCAAACAACAAGAACUCAACAACCUCGCCACUCAACCCGUCGUCUUCCAAUCACGUCGCUGCCAAUCCUGCGGCGGAACCCUCGACCUACCAACUAUCCACUUCCUCUGUCGCCACUCCUUCCACGAGCGAUGUCUCAACCGCGUCGACGAGGAUGCUCAAUGCCCCGUUUGUGCGCCCACAAAUGCCACUCUGCGGGCCAUUCGCCAGCGGCAGGUUGAGUCGGCGGAUCAGCAUGAUCUGUUUAAGGCGGAGUUGUCGAGGUCGAAGGAUCGGUUUGGUGUUGUGAGUGAGUUCUUUGGGAGGGGAGUUAUGAGGGCUUCUAGUACGAUGGAGGGUUGA